AUGUCGGUCUGCAAGGAAAAGCCCGACAUGUUGCCUCCUCUCGACGCCAUCGGUCUCGAGCCCGCAGACCAGACUCAUAACAUGUACCGCGGCGGCUCGGGCCGUCGCAGCUCUGCGGCGAUGCCACCACCCCAAAUGUCCCGCCAAGCUUCCGUCGGACUCGGCAUCGGCGGCUUCAGCAAGGGCGGCUCCGGCUUCGCCAUGGGCAACUUCUCCACACCUGGCAGUAAGCUGUCCAGCCAAGAGCGUUUCGAGCAGUCGCGCUCAGUGUCUGCCACCGCUCGGUUCCCAGGGUCGGCGCCGAUGACCCGCACCCCCAGCCAGGGCGGGUCAAGUUCGGGGCGCACGCGAAGCAAGAAGGGCACGCGUCGGGACGAUGGCAAGAUGCAGACGCCGACGAACGCGUUCGGGCCUGGCUUCCCCGUCAUCGGACCCAACGGGCAACCGCUCGAGCCCGUCGCGCCUCUGGAAAAGUCGGAGAACGCGUGGAAGCCGCAGAGCACGGCGAAGCGGCCGGCGCCCGUCAACCCCGAUUCGCCCGAGGUCGUGGAUCGGAAGGUCAAGGCGCUCCUCAACAAGCUCACGAUGGAGAAGUUCGACUCGAUCUCGGACCAGAUCAUCGAGUGGGCGAACCGGUCCGAGAAGGAGAAGGACGGCCGGACCUUGAUUCAGGUCAUUCGGCUCGUGUUCGAGAAGGCGACGGACGAGGCGGCGUGGUCCGAGAUGUACGCUCGCCUGUGUCGGAAGAUGAUGGAGCGGAUCAGUCCCAAGGUGCAGGACGAGAGCAUUCGCUCCGACGACAAGCCCAUCGCGGGUGGCCAGCUGUUCAGGAAGUACCUCCUCAACCGGUGUCAGGAGGAUUUCGAGCGCGGUUGGGCGGCGAAGGACGCUGCGGCUGCUGCUGCCGCCGCCAAGGCUGGCGACGACGAGGCGGCGAGGGCCGAGGCGGAGAAGGCGGCGGACGGCGAGACCGCUCUGUACUCCGACGAGUACUACGCGGCCCAGAAGGCGAAGCGCCGUGGCCUCGGUCUCGUCCAGUUCAUCGGCGAGCUGUUCAAGCUGCAGAUGCUGACGGAGCGUAUUAUGCACGAGUGCGUGAAGAAGUUGCUCGCAAACGUCGAUAACCCGGAAGAGGAGGAGAUCGAGAGUUUGUGCAAGCUCCUCACCACCGUCGGCAAGCAACUCGAUAGCCCCAAGGCGCGGUCGCACAUGGACAUUUACUUCGCCAGGAUGAAGGAGCUCGCGAAGAACCCGAAGGUGAACUCGCGUAUGCAGUUCAUGUUGCAGGAUCUCAUCGAGCUGCGUGAGCGCAACUGGAUUCCCCGAAACCAGAUGGCGACGCCGUCCACGAUUGCCCAAAUUCGUCAAAACGCGGCUCACGAGCAAUCGCAAGAUUAUUCGCGACUCAGCAUGUCCCGUGGUGGAUCUCGUCGUGGAGGCGAUCGUACGGACGUACCUCAGGUCGGACCGGACGGUUGGUCCGUUGCUGGCGGCGCGAGCUCCACUCGCCCGCCACCUAAGGCCGGCGACUUGUCGCAGUUCGGCAAGAUCAACAAGCCUGCGCAGCAGAUGACCUUCGGUCCCAGCAGCGUCUUUGCCGGCAAGGACAAGAAGCGCGAGUCCAUCUCCCGGACGAGCUCCACUUCCAACAUGUUCUCCAUGCUCAGUCAAAACCCGGAAGCCGCCGCCGAAGCCGCUGCUCCCAAAGCUGCCCGUGGUCCCAGCCGGAAGCAGAGCGUCGAUCUCAACGCGCCGACCGAUUCUUCUCAGGGUCGGAGGAAACUGCAACUGCUCCCUCGCUCCAAGCCUCUCGAAGACUCCGGCAGCACACCUGCGCAAUCCGAGCCUCCUUCCGAGGACGAGGAGGAGCCUGCUGCCAACGAGAUGUCCGAGGCGGACGCGAACAAGAAGAUCGACGAGGACGUCAAAGAGUUCUUUGGUAUUCGCAACAUCGACGAGGCUGAGGACUACUUCACCCGGUUACCAGCCCAGCACCACUUCCGCCUCGUCGACAAGCUCGUCACCAAGGCGAUCGAAUCCAAGGAGGCUGACGCUCAACUCGUUGGCGACCUGUUCAAGCGCGCCGCCGAGAAGAAGCUGUGCUCGUCCGAGACGUUCGAGGAGGGCUUCAUGCCAACCGCCGAGAUACUCGACGAUGUCGCGAUCGACGCUCCCAAGGCGUUCGAUCUUAUGGCCAUCAUGAUGAAGGGCUCCGGCAUGAGCUCAGAUCAAUGUGCACGACUCGCCGAGAAGUCCAUGGACAAGGACAAGUUGCUAGGUUUGCUGUCAUAG